AUGUUUGCCAAGGCAACAAGGAAUUUUCUUAGAGAAGUUGAUGCUGGUGGUAACCUGAUUGCAGUAUCAAACUUGAAUGACUCUGAUAAGUUACAACUUCUAAGUCUGGUGACCAAAAAGAAGAGAUUCUGGUGCUGGCAGAGACCCAGUUACCAAUUUUUAUCUGUCACCCUUGGAGAUGUACUUACAGAAGACCAAUUUCUGAGUCCAGUGGUUGUGGAGUCAGAUUUUGUGAAAUACGAGGGCAAGUUUGAAAAUCACGUAGGUGGGACCAUUGAGACGGCGUUUGGGAAGGUCAAACUGAAUAUUGGAGCCAAAGGCCUCGUGGAGAGUCAGUCUUCAUUUGGAACCCUGAGGAAGCAGGAGGUGGACUUGCAGCAGCUCAUCCGAGACUCUGUUGAGAGAACAAUAAAUCUGAAAAACCCUCUGCUGCAGCAGGUGCUGGAGAGGAGGAAUGAGGUUCUGUGUGUCUUGAUACAAAAGAUCGUGACGACGCAGAAGUGUAUUAUCUCUGAGCACGUUCAGAUUGAGGAGAAGUGUGGCGGCAUGGUGGGGAUCCAAACCAAGAUCGUGCAGGUGUCAGCGACGGAUGAUGGGAACGUGGUCAAGGACUCCAGCGUGGUGCUGGAGAUCCCAGCUUCCACCACUAUUGCCUGUGGCAUCAUCGAGUUGUAUGUGAAGCUGGACGGCCAGUUUGAAUUCUGCCUCCUCCAAGGGAAGCGUGGUGGCUUUGAGGAUGAGAAGACAAAUGACUUCCUCUACCUGGACCCCACGAUCUUCAGAAAGUUUGCUUUUGCAGACAUGCCAGAUGCUGGGCAUGGAGUGUCUUCCCCGGGUGGGCUGUUAAGUGCUUUAAAACAAGACGCUCUGCUCUUGGAGAAGAGUUUCCAUCCCUUUGUGGAGCUGCCAGAGCAACAGCAGACAGCUCUGAACAACAUCCUGCAGACAGUCCUACUUGAUGACGAAUUGCUUAUGGCCCUGGAAAGAGUGUUCGAUGACGUGGCCAGCGGCCUCUUGCCCCCGCAGGCACUGGUGGAGGAGCUGAAGCCCCCGCAGCAGCAGGACCUCACGGCCUUCCUGCAGCUGGUGGGGUACAGCCUGCAGGGUGGGCACCCAGGGCAGGAGAAUGCCCUCAGCAACCAGGAGCUCUUUUCAACAGCCUACUUCUUUGUCAGUGCACUAGCAGAAAUGCCAGAUAACGCAGCAGCUCUGCUGAGCGCUUGCUGUAAACUCCAGAUUAUUCCCACGCUGUGCCACUUGCUUCGUGCCAUGUCUGAUGAUGGAUUGUCUAAUCUCGAAGACCCAACCUUGGCUCCUCUGAAAGACGCAGAAAGGUUUGGGAUUGUGCAGCGUUUGUUCGUCUUGGCUGACAUCAGCCUGGAGAGACUGCAGUCAUCCAUGAAAGCUGUCAUCCUGAAGCACCCGAAUGUUUUCCCACUGAUUCUUUGUAUCACCCUGAAUGGACUCUGUGCUUUAGGCAGAGGACACGCGUAA